AACAAACUCGCUGAUUCAGUCGGAGCGCUUGGCUGGGCGCUGGAAGGAACAGGCCUGAGACACCUGGGCCAACACCUGGACCAACACCUGGGCCAACACCUGGGCCAACACCUGGGCCAACACCUGGGCCUACACCUGGGCCAACACCUGGGCCAACACCUGGGCCAACACCUGGGCCAACACCUGGGCCAACACCUGGGCCAACAUGUCUGAAAGUGUUUCAUUCAAAGAGCUGUUGACCAACUCGGAGUCGGAGGAUGAGCAGCUGUUCACGGCUCCAGCUUUGAGAAACAGAGCCAGACGGAAUGGCUGCAACCACAAGAACCGCCGCGUCCACCUGAUCCUGGCACUUUUCGUCCUGUCUCUGAUUGUCAACGUGACCUUGACCUGGAUACUUAUCGUAAACAAAGGUGGCCAGCAGGAGUCCCAGCCCAACAGCUCACAGCCCCAGGGUGGGGGGACCAGGGGAGAGAAGUGUGGAGGCACCGUGCUGCCCCGCUGCCCGACCGGGAUGCUGGACGGUGCUGGCGUGACGUAUGAGAACAUUUUUCUGGAUCUGAGUUUUGAGGAGAUCGAGGCUGUCAACAAGUUCUUGAAAGACACCGUCCUGGUCAACUGGAAGAACAGCAGUGUGUACGGCAUUGAGCUUCAUGUGCCCAACAAAACCGACGUCAUCAACUUCUUGGACAGACAGGGUUCGAAACCAGUUCGGGAGGCGAGGGUGGUCAUCGUGCGGCCAGACGUGGCCAGGGUGGAGGAGUAUGUUGUCGGUCCUCUACCGUCCCCGACUCGCAUGGAUCCGAACCCAAGACGUGAAAUAAAAACAGUUCCAUACAGAUACCACCCAACUUACGGCGUCGAUCAGGCCACAGCGGCAGUUAUGAAGGUCCUCUUGAGCCCAAGGGUAAAACAAAUCAUACUCGAGAGUUACGGGACUUUCUUCACCGAGUGUGGGGGUGAGUGUCUGAUGAUCAUCCCCCAGAAGACAAGCUCCGCCUACACCGACACGACCCUCAUCGUCAUGGGGGUCUAUUACCAAACAGACUUCCCCACUAUUAAUCCUGGAGAUUUGAUGAUCACGAUGAAAGAAACAGCACUAGACAGCCUGGAGUUUAAGGUGGACUCUGUGUUCUAUGGCGGCUACUACUUCACGUCAGUCCGAGACUUUGUGGCAGCCUAUGAGGGGGACAGGAUGACCAAGGUCCGCAAGACGUUCCCCAGGCCCCAGCAGACUUCUGUGCCAGGGACGGUCAACUUGAGGGGCAGGACCUUCCCUGCCGCAGGUCUGUCAGGCUCAAGGGAAUACCAGCCUUCAGGUAAACGUUACAGCGUAAGUGCCGGACAUGUUGAGUACCUGGAGUGGAGCUUCAAUGUCCGAAUGUCCGCAGUUGCUGGCCCCCAGGUGUGGGAUGUCCGCUGGGCAGGGGAGAGAAUCGCGUUUGAGAUUAGCCUACAGGAGGUCGCCGUUAUCUACUUUGGGGCUAAUCCUAACGCCUUUUACACUCACCUGUCUGACAGUUCUGAGGGUCUAGGUAACCAGGCCUUUGGUCUCGUGCCUGGAGUGGACUGUCCGGACUACGCCACAUUUUUACCUCAGGCAAUUUAUGACAAUGAGCAACACGUAACCAGAACACUGAACAACUGUUUUUGUCUGUUUGAACACAACACGGGGAUUCCCCUACGACGUCACUACACGAAUGACCCAUCUAUUGGCAGCAACUACGGUGGUCUAGCGGACCGUGUUCUCAUCCUGCGCACCAUCAUUGUUGAGUACAACUACGACUACAUCUUUGAUUGGGUGUUUCACCAAAAUGGCGCCGUGGAGGUCAAAGUUUACGCCACUGGGUACAUCAUGUCACAGAUAUUUCACAAAGAGGAAGAGCCGUUUGGAUUUAGAAUCCACGGCGACUCUGUGGGCUUCAUCCACCACCACUUGAUGAACUUUAAAGUUGACCUUGACAUUCAAGGUCAAUCUAACCGUUACGAGAGCCUGGACCUGGCCCUAGACAAGCGGCCCUGGCCCUGGUACAAGUCUGGCAGCGAAGAGUUCCACCAGAUCUCCUUCAAGCACAACCUCAGGCAGACGGAGCAGGACGCUGUGCUACACUACAAUUUCUCAGAGCCCAAGUACCACAUCGUCUACAACGAUAGGGAGAAAAAUUCCUAUGGAAACCACAAGGCUUACAGGUUGGCCGUGCAGGGCUUCACGAAACAGCUGUUGCCGGACGAGUCGCCGGUUCUAAAGAGCCGGCAGUGGAGCAAGUACCAGAUGGCGGUGACGAGAAGGAAGGAAGAAGAGGAGUCGAGCAGCUCCAUCUUCUCCAUGUUUGACGGGGCCGGGCCACAGGUCGACCUGGACAAUUACCUCAGGGACGACGAGAGCAUCGUGGACCAGGACCUGGUGUUUUGGGUGACUGUGGGGUUCCACCACAUCCCCCACACAGAGGACAUCCCCAACACCCCGACUGUAGGCACCAGCGCCACCAUCUCGCUCCUGCCCUACAACUACUUCCACGAGUGUCCGUCUGUCGGGUCACGUGACGCCGUCAGGCUGGAGGUCAAGGACGGGGUCAUCAAGUCAGCUGACUACGGUCUACCAAACGUCGAGUGUUUACCAACAAACUUGAACAUGACACAUUUGUUACAGAAUAAAACUUUUUUAUUUCCUUAAG